GGGUGCAAUACGACAAAACUCGUUGUAAGUCUCUAAUUGAUCUUCUCAUGGGAAUAUCCAAAGUCCAAUCUCUACACUUGUACAGUGAUAUACCAGAGGCUGUUCUCAAGCUUGAUUCUGAGCUGCCAAUGUUUCAUAAUUUGACUUCCUUGGUACUUGGUGCGGGCUAUGUUUUACGGAAAUGGUGGUUGCAAUUUCUAGAGAAGUCGCCGUGUCUAGAAAGUCUUGUUUUCAAAGAGGGAGAUUGGAUUGAUGAAUCAAAUGGAUAUGGAUGGGAUGAGGACGUGGACGAGGAUGAGGACAACAACAAAUACAAUGUUCCUUCUUGUUUACUCUUGAACCUCAAGGAAAUCAAGUUUGUAGACAUUGAAGCGAAUGCCGUGGAUCUGAGAAUGGUGGAGUAUUUUCUCAAGAAUGCUGGAGUUUUGGAGAAGCUGACAAUAGAAAUUUUCAAUAGUAUUGACGAUGGAUCGGAGGACGUUGCAGAACAACAGUUGGAGGUUGCAAGAAGCCUUUUGAUGUUACCAAGGAGCUCAAGGACAUGUCAGAUUGAAUUUUCGUCUCCGUGGUGAGCAAUAUCGUUAGCUUCCCGUCCGAUUAAGUAGGCCCGUUGUCAUUGGUUUCCUAGUGGUUUUUUUUAUGUCUGGCAGUUUGAACUUGUGUUUCGUUGUCGGUAGCCAUACAUUGUUGGGAUACGUUAGUUUCAACUGAUCUGCUAUAUUCUGCACUGUUAGUUUUGGAUCUAUGGAUCUCUUAUCUAUGGAUAGCAAGAAAUAGGAAUACUGGUGUGGCACUUAAUUUUUCAACCAACUUCAAUGGUUCA